AUGCCGCCAAAGAGAGAAUAUCUAGAGAUUCUAGAUUUUGAAAUGCAAUGUGGUUGCAUGUGUUCUAACAUUCUUCAUUAUCAGUAUAAUUUGUCCUUGGCUUCAGUGGCAGCCAAUUUUAGCACUAGUGUUGUUAGGAGCAAUGUUAAUUUUCAUGAAGAUGAAGAAGAAGAGGAAAAUGAAAAUGGUGUUCUAAUUCAUGAUGAUGAAGAUGAGUUGAGAAGAGGUCCAUGGACUCUUGAUGAAGACAAACUUCUCGUCCAUUACAUUUCUUGCCAUGGCGAUCGGCGUUGGAAUCAUUUAGCGAAAUCUUCAGGAUUGAAGAGAACUGGUAAAAGUUGCAGAUUAAGGUGGUUGAAUUAUCUAAAACCGGAUGUUAAGCGCGGAAACCUUACUAUUGAAGAACAGAUUUUGAUUAUUCAACUACAAUCGAAGUUGGGCAACAGGUGGUCCAGAAUUGCAAAACAUCUACCAGGAAGAACAGAUAAUGAAAUAAAGAACUACUGGAGAACACGCGUGCAAAAGCAAGAAAGACAACGCCUCAAGUUCGAUCCUAAUAACAUGCCUGCACUGGUUCCUGAUCACGCAAUGGGAUGCUUUGCACCUAGGACAACAAUGGACAUAAUAGGGGAUAUGAAUUGCAACACAAGUCAAGCCCUCGUAAAUAAUACCGCAAGCUGCACCUCUUCAACGUCAUCAUUGGUGCCAAAUUCAACAAUAAGCAUCUCAAGGGCAUUUGUUGAUACGUCAGGAGACUCAGGACACCAUAAUACUCACACUACUAAUAAUGGUACUGCUGAGUAUGAUAUCAACGGUUCUGCAUUUCCAAAGGCAAUUGACUGUAGUUAUCAAAUGAUUAACGAUUGUGGUAAUGUUUAUGAUUACAUGGAUGCUUUAAUCAACUUGGGAAACUCGAUAUCGAGUCGCUGCCACAUCACAGAAGACAACGCGGUCUUGGACGAUCAGACGGCAAUAAAUGAUCUUUGGAAGUGGUGACAUGUGCGGAUCCUAAAAUCAGGAGGCACUGCAUUGCAUUGCGUUUGCAUAUCAUGAACCUAUGUGAUCUGUUCAAUUUGGAGAUAUUUGUCCCAGAGCAUCACCAAUGGAGGGUGAUUUUUUUUAUUUUCACGACAUCUAUGAUUUUAGAUCCCAAUUAACACAAAUUCAUCUCCGGUGGUUGGAUCCUACAAAC